AUGCAUAAGUAUGAUGGUGUAAAGGCGGAGCCAAAAUGUAAUGAUAUCAACGAGCUUAUGCGUAGUGAUCAUGGGAUCGAGGUGUCCAAGUCUUUAGCGUGGGAUGCGCGUGAGUAUGCUAUCAACACAAUGAGAGGUAUUCCAGAAACAGGUUAUGUGAAGAUUCCCAAAUACUUGCAAAUGAUGAAGAAAACUAAUCAUGGGUCACAUACAUCUUACGAAACUGACAAGGAUGGGAGAUUCAGAUUCCUUUUCAUCUCGUUUGGGCAGUGUGUCCGAGGUUUUUACAGAGCCAUUCGAAAAGUUAUUGUUCUCGAUGGGACGUUUUUUAAGAGCAAAUUCAAAGGUAUUUUACUGGUUGCUACUGCUUUGGAUGGAAACUCAAAUUUAUAUCCACUUGCAUUUGGAGUUGUUGACUCAGAGAAUGACCGUUCGUGGGACUGGUUUAUUAGACAACUUAAAUUGGUUAUUGCUGACGAGCAGAGUUUAGCUUUUGUGUCUGAUAAGAAUACCUCACUUGCUAAAGCUAUUGUAAACAUGUACCCUCAAUCUCAUCAUGGAAUUUGCAUUCACAACUUGCUAAAUAAUUCUGUAACUUAUUUCCAUGGAAAAGGUUUAGUUGGUUUGGUUGUAAAGGCUUCUAAAGCUUAUCGAGUUGCUGAUUUUCAGAAGAUCUUUACAGAUAUUUGCUCGAUUAGUCCUACGAUUGGAAAAUAUCUAAUAGAAGCUGAUGUGAGAAAGUGGGCUCGCUGUCAAUUUCCUGGUUUUAGGUAUGAUAUUAGGACCAAUAAUCCUGCUGAAUCGAUGAAUUUUGCAUUGCGUUUGCCAAGGGAAUUUCCGGCCAUUCCUCUAUUGGACAUCAUAAAGGAAAUGAUGACUCGAUGGUUUUUUGAACGUAGAACUCUAAGUUCUAAGAAUUAA